CCACCCCAGCUGGCGCUGUUCAGUUCUCCCCUGCGCGCGCUUAAGCAAUAGGGGGUAGUGGUGGCCGCUGUAAAUGCCUGAAAAAACCACUACGAGAUGGGACUCUUCGACUGCCUCGAGAAAGGCUUUGAGCAGUUGUGUGGAUCUUGGAGUCUGGAGACUGGGGAUUGUGCUUCGCUAAUCUAAGCUGAAGUCUUGGUCGGCAGAGAAUUUGAGGCGGCACUGUCCAGGCCACCUAGAAUUCUGUCUUCUCUUACCAUCGUCCUCGCUGAGCCACUCCUUCGGCGCCUCCGGAAGUCACCCUUUCCGUAGGCGGUUGGAGGUGGUUCUCGAGCUGAUUUACGUGCGGUGGCGUCGUUGGGCCUGACCUCGGUUUUGCCCGGUGGGCGUUUUGUGGCGCCAUGUUCUUCCCCGGCGGUGUGCGGCCGAGGGGACACGCCAUGUUUUGGAGAAGCCAAGGAUUUAGGACUUUUCAGGACUUUUUUGUCUUAAAAAGGACGACUCCGAGUUUGGGAAUUGGAAACAAAUGGGGUCAGACUGGAAUGAAACACAAGACUCUGACCCUGGGGGAUUGAGAGGGCCGCCUAAGGGCUUCUAACAGGCGGAAGGUCCGGUAGAGUUACCGUCUCUCUGCCCUCUUCUCCCCCCGCCCCUUGGGCAAGGGCCUGGGCCCCGCAAUGCUGCCACUCCUCCGGCCAAACCCGUUGUUGCCGGUGUACCUGCCUCCGGUGCUUGUCCUUUCUGGGAUUUGCAGCUUAUACUUAAGUCCCGGUACUAAAAGUUUUAAUAAGCAUCUGUAUAGUGAGCCCCUAGUUGGUGCCAACCAGUUUGCUGAGGGUUUCACAUACUGUCACAUUUAAUAGCCUUUCAACAUCUAUUACAUCCCUUUUAUAGGUGAAUGUAAGUGGCAGAACUCACAAAUCCAGGCCUACCAGACUCCCUUGGGUCAAGCACUUCUAUUUUACUGCCCCAAUAGCUUGCAUUUUAGUUUUUUUGUUAAAUAUAAUGAACCCUCAGCUAUUCAUCACCCAGAUUUUAUUCUUCUAGCUAAAUCGCAAGCCCAGAGCAAGCCUCACCUCGCAGAACAAAUAUUGAUGGCAGCCUGUGGGUUAUAAAUAAUCCAUAAAGGAAGUCCCAUCUUCUUGGCACUACCCAAUGACUGCCUCUUGACAAUUCUUUGCCUACCUCCUAUUACUUGAGAACAUAAUACCCACGAGAGACUAAUAAGUGCUUUACAAACAUUACUAUUAAUUAUAGGGACUAUUUACUUUGGAUUUAUGUGCAGGCCUUUGCUAAGGGCUUUAUAUGUCUUAGCUCUUUUAAUCCUAUGAGAUUGAUGAUUUGCUCAUUUUAUACAUGAGAAAACAGGCAAGAUUAAUAAAACUGUCCAAAGUAAGGGUUUGGACCCACCCUGCUUGACACCACUGUCUAUACUUUUUAAUAAUUAGAUUCUGUAGCUUCUUGCAGUAAUAAACAUUAAGCGAAUGAACUCGUGUGUCAGCAGACUUUUCUGGAGGGUGUACAUAGUUUCUCCAGUGAACAACUUCAGAGAGAAAGCCUCCCAUCCACAUACUUCAGCACCUGGUACAUACCUGUUGUAAAGCACUUACCAGGUGGUAUUGCAAUGAUUUGUUUACACAGCUAGUUCUCCUUAGACUGACUUCUUCAAGGCCAGGGACUAUGUCUUACUUUUAUGUUCCCAGGGCUUAGCCAGUUCCUGACAAACAACUGGAACUCAAAAACAGUUUGCUCAGUGAGUGAGUGACUGGUAGAAUCAAUCCAUCUCUCUUCAGUGCUGCACAGCGCAGCAGAUAUCCCAGCUCAGAUAGGGUUUGAAAGAUCACCUGGAGGUCUCAGCUGUCUUAACUCUUGGGAGACCCUGGAGGUGCCAGGAUGUACUGUGGAGUGGUUGCAUUUCGAAGAGGGGGAGGAAGUCCCAAACACUGUAAGUAAUCCAUGGUUGGGUUGGAAAACAAGAUUGAAGUUACUCAUUAGCGGGUGAAAGGGUCAAGGGUCGAGGCAAGGGGGCUGGAAGCAGACUAUACUGAGCAGCGAGUUGGGGACAGCAGUUAAGGCACCAGCCACUCCACGCCAAGUACCAGCUCCCUCCUGCCUGAAGAUGUUCCACCACAUUUGGGCAGCUCUUCUCUACCUCUGUGGCAUUCUCCUUAACUCCAUCUACCAGUGCCCUGAGCACAGCCAACUGACAACUGAAGGAGUGGAUGGGAAAGAGUUCCCAGAGCCCCACCUGGGCCAGUGGUACUUUAUCGCAGGGGCAGCUCCCACCAAGGAGGAGUUGGCGACUUUUGACCCUGUGGACAACAUUGUCUUCAACAUGGCUGUGGGCUCUGCCCCCAUGCAGCUCCAGCUUCGAGCGACCAUCCGCACGAAAAACGGGCUUUGCGUGCCCCGGAAAUGGAUCUACCACCUGUCUGACGGGAGCACAGAUCUCAGAACCGAAGGCCGCCCUGACAUGAAGACCAAGCUCUUCUCCAGUGCAUGCCCAGGUGGAAUCAUGCUGAAAGAGACAGGCCAGGGUUACCAGCGCUUCCUCCUCUACAAUCGCUCACCCCACCCUCCUGAGAAGUGUGUGGAGGAAUUCCAGUCCCUGACCUCCUGCCUGGACUUUAAGGCCUUCUUACUGACUCCCAGGAAUCAAGACACCUGCGAGCUGUCCAGUAACUGACCUGUGGCUUCACCUAUGCCCCCAGAUGGAUACAGCAGGAACUUGUAUGGUGAGAGGAGAAGCUGGAGACUCCCAACUCUCUUUCAAAAGUAAUAAAGAUGAUUUUCCAA